AUGUGUGGUAUUUUAGGUAUUGUAUUGGCAAACCAAACGACUCCAGUAGCUCCGGAGUUAUGUGAUGGAUGUAUUUUUCUACAACACCGUGGACAAGAUGCAGCUGGUAUAGCUACCUGUGGUUCUCGUGGUAGAAUCUAUCAAUGUAAAGGUAAUGGUAUGGCUCGUGACGUAUUCACUCAACAACGUGUUUCAGGUCUUGCUGGUUCCAUGGGUAUUGCCCACUUGAGAUAUCCUACAGCCGGUUCUUCGGCUAAUUCAGAAGCACAACCAUUUUACGUCAAUAGUCCUUACGGUAUCAACUUGGCACAUAACGGUAACCUAGUGAAUACUGCGUCCUUAAAGAGAUAUAUGGAUGAGGAUGUUCAUAGACAUAUUAACACGGACAGUGAUUCUGAGCUACUAUUGAAUAUUUUUGCUGCUGAAUUGGAAAAGCACAACAAGUACAGAGUUAACAAUGAAGAUGUUUUCCAUGCUUUAGAAGGUGUUUACCGUUUAUGCCGUGGUGGUUAUGCUUGCGUCGGUUUACUUGCCGGUUUUGCAUUAUUUGGUUUUAGAGAUCCAAAUGGUAUUAGGCCAUUAUUGUUCGGUGAGAGAGAAAAUCCGGACGGCACUAAGGACUAUAUGUUGGCUUCAGAAAGUGUUGUUUUCAAAGCCCACAAUUUUACUAAAUAUCGUGACUUAAAGCCUGGUGAGGCAGUUAUCAUCCCUAAGAACUGUAGUAAAGGUGAACCUGAGUUCAAACAAGUGGUCCCUAUAAACUCUUAUAGACCUGAUUUAUUUGAAUACGUGUAUUUUGCCAGACCGGAUAGUGUAUUGGAUGGUAUAUCAGUUUAUCACACAAGAUUGGCCAUGGGUUCUAAGCUAGCAGAAAACAUUUUGAAGCAACUGAAGCCAGAUGACAUUGAUGUUGUUAUUCCUGUUCCAGAUACUGCAAGAACAUGUGCAUUAGAAUGUGCUAAUGUAUUAGGGAAGCCUUACAGAGAGGGUUUUGUUAAAAAUAGAUAUGUCGGCAGAACAUUUAUUAUGCCAAACCAAAGGGAAAGGGUUUCUUCAGUAAGGAGGAAACUUAACCCCAUGGAAUCCGAAUUUAGGGGUAAGAAGGUUCUGAUAGUGGACGAUUCCAUUGUCAGAGGUACUACUUCGAAAGAAAUUGUUAACAUGGCAAAGGAAUCUGGCGCAACAAAGGUUUACUUUGCGUCAGCUGCCCCAGCUAUUCGUUACAACCAUAUUUAUGGUAUUGACUUGACAGAUACAAAAAACUUAAUUGCUUAUAAUAGAACUGAUGAAGAAGUGGCGGAAGUAAUUGGUUGCGAAAGGGUCAUUUACCAAUCGUUGGAAGAUUUGAUUGACUGUUGUAAAACUGAUAAAAUAACCAAAUUCGAAGACGGUGUCUUCACCGGAAAUUACGUUACUGGUGUCGAAGACGGUUAUAUACAAGAAUUGGAAGAAAAACGUGAAUCGAUCGCAAAUAAUUCGUCAGAUAUGAAGGCUGAAGUCGAUAUCGGAUUAUAUAAUUGUGCAGAUUAUUGA